UCUACUCCUCAAUACAGAUCAUAGAAGCUGUAUUACCCAAACAUUUAUAGUAACUCAAUAUAUACCUUUGUUCGAAUUUCGGUUGAAGUUUGUGGUCUUAGCUCCGGCCGAUUAAACAUGGCACAAUAUGGGAGUGGUGGAUACCCAGGUCGCCAAACAGACGAGUAUGGCAACCCGAUUCGCCAUACAGACGAGUACGGCAACCCGGUUCGCCAAACAGACGAGUAUGGAAACCCGGUUCACCACACGGGUACUAUGGGAGAUUAUGGAACAACUGGCACCACGGGCGGCGCUUUCGGGCACGGGACAGGCACAGGCACUGGCAUGGGGCAUCAGCAGCAGCAGGAGCAUCAUGGUGUUGCUGGGAUGCUUCACCGCUCCGGCUCCAGCAGCUCUAGCUCCUCGGAGGACGAUGGGCAAGGUGGGAGAAGGAAGAAGAAAGGGAUAACGCAAAAGAUUAAGGAGAAGUUACCAGGUGGGCACAAAGAGUCCCACGACAAUACUGCAACCACCACUACUCCUGGAGCAGGUGGUGGGUACGGUGGCUACUCCGUAGGUGAUCAGCAGCAUCACGAGAAGAAAGGGAUGAUGGAGAAGAUCAAGGAGAAGCUGCCUGGCACUGGCCACCACUAGAAUCACCUACUGCAUGGACUAGUCUUUCAGUGCAUGUGUCAAAUAAGCGAACAAAUAUGUGUGACGCCACCGCUUUUAAGUGGCAAUGGGUUGGUCAUAGGUCUGUCAAUGAAUCAGAUUACUCUUAGGAAAGAGCAAACCCUAAAUAAGCGAACAUGUGUUGUCAUAUUGUGCUUCCUAGGUCUAAUUGUGGUUUUUUUUGUGUGUGUGUGUGUGUGUUACUUGCUAGUUCUCUCCUGUAUACGUACGGCUCCUUCGUGUUUUUCAGUUUGUGUUAAUUACUAGUAACUUCUGUU